AAUUGGCAUUAGUACCCCUCCGUACGAGUGGUAUCUUCGUUACUUUCACCACACGCCAGAAUCCAAAAUCGACAGUAUGGCGGGUUUGAGUUCUGCCGCCGUUCAACUACAACCAACACAACUAGAUGGACAGAGCGUCGACCCAAACCUACUUCAGAAGUUGGAGGAAGCAUCCAAUACCAUUUUGGCUUCCCCAUCAGCUGAUCAGAGACAUGCUGCUGAGCAGUUCCUUCUGGACUUCCGCAAGACCAAGACUCCGUACACAAUCUGCUGUUGUUUGAUGGAGCAAACCAGAAACGACUAUGUGAUAUUCCAGUGUGCAUGCACAUUGAAAGAAGCCAUCUUACGGGAAUGGACGCAACAGUCACCUCAAAACAUCCACACUCUCAAAGACUUUCUCAUGCAGUUUGUUCUGAACAGGCCAAGCCUGGCAGUGUAUGUACGUGAGGAAAUUGUCCUGACGGUAGCGGUCAUCGUGAAGCGGGGAACGUUAGGCACGUCUGCUGACGACAGGAACCAUUUCAUCAGCCAGCUGACAAAACUCAUCCAUGCUGACAAUGGAGCUGCACGAGUGGUGGGCCUUUCUACCCUGGCUGCUUUACUGACUGAGUACGGAGGGAAUGGGAAAGGGACAGACUUUGGCCUCUCCUGGGAAUUCCACUUGCGCUGUAAGAAAGUCUUUGAGGACAAAGAGCUGCUGACUGUGUUUAUGGUUCUACUGGAGGCCCUCCAGCAGCUGGCAGGUCUGGACAGUGUGCCUGCUGACUGGGAGACUCUGGCUCUCAUCGCCAAACUGCUGGCACUGGCUGAGCAGAUCCUCACCUGGAGAUUCUCACUACCACUGUUGCAGAAGCGUUUCCUGAGUGACUUGUCUGAAGCCAGGUGGAACAGUCCGUUCCGCCCACCCAAUCAGUGGAGAGAGCUGGUCGUGGGGCGUGGCCUGGUCAUCCACCUCUUCAAGCUAUAUGGACAUGUACAGACCCAUGCUGAGCUGGCCCACACGUGUCUGCAGUGUCUCCUGCAGCUCGUCUCCACCACUGGGGACAUCUUCCCUGACCACAAGACUCGCGCUGACUUCCUCAGUCCCUUCAUGGCAGGUUUCCUCCAUUUAACUCAGAGAAACACACUAGCUGAGUACGAGGUGUUGGGUGUGGCUACCCUGGCCUGCCGCCUGCUCACAGUGUUUCCCAGCAAGCACCUGGGACAGGUUUCUUCUGAGCAGCUCCAGGCUUUCCUCACCAGGACAUGCCAGCUCACAUGCUCAUUCUCUUACCUGGCCAUGCACCAGAAGGCAGCAGAAGAGGAGAGUCUGUAUGAUGAAGGGUUGGAACAGCUGCUGCAGAUGUGGACAGCACUGUGGGACAGCAGGGACAGCUUCCCACCUGCAGCACAGCUCUGCCAAACCUAUACUCCAGAAAUCUUCCAAACAUACCUGCAGAGCCACCUGUCAGCGGCUGAUGGUACUGCAGGCCAGGCGGGGUCCUCGGACGAUAUGGAGGAGAUCCGAAGCGAAGACGAGGACGACCGCGAGCGCUACUCCGCCCAGCUGUGCUGUGUGGGGCUGCUGGGAAGGAUGGUGCCGUCCCACGCCAUGUCCCAGCUCACACGCCUCCUGUGUGAGAGGACAUCACAGCUGCAGUUGGAGCUGAAGAACUCUGCAGGUUCCCAGGAACAGAUGAACAGGCUCUACAGACUGUACGAUGAUCUACACUGGCUGCUGCUCAUAGCAGGCCACUUUCUCGCUGACCAAUCAGAAGGCGAGGUUCCAGUCAUUCCUUCAGAACUGAUGGAACAUUCCAUCGCCCAGUCUCAGAUGGGGGUGUCUGAAGUAGGGGCCACUCAGACAGAAAUGGUGUGCUCUCUACAUAUAGAUAGGAUGUCCCAAACUAGUAAUGACAAGUGUGAUGAUAUAGUCAGACUGGUGAGUAAGGUGUUCAAGUUGAGUGAGUUGGAACGUUACGCAGUCCAGGCCCAGUUGGACCCUCUCCUGAGCCCAGAGUUGAGCAGGGAUAUUGUCUGGUUCUUCCAGCGCUGGGCCCGACCGUACCUACUUAUGCAGGAGAAACACUACCCACAGGUUAGCCUUCCUUUGGCCUGCGCCUUUGGUCAAGGUUCCGACUCUGCCAGUCUGGCCGUCCAGACACUGGUCAACAAAGUGGUCAGCAACUUCCAGGUGUGGACAUCAGAGGGAGAGGUGACAGAGGACACAGUCCAGUUGUUUCUCACACUGACUGAGAACAGAGACAGAUGUCUAGAAGUGGUGAAAUGUGAGAAGCUGUGGUUCCUAGCCAUGCAGCAGUUUAGCGAGCCCUUUGUGCUGCUGGCCGCCAACUGUCGCAGACACCUGAUGAAAGCCGUACUCUUUGCUGCCUCUGCCAUGUCGGCUGAAGUCCGUGCACGGUACUGGACACAGACCAUGCAGCCGUUGCAUGACCGUUUCCAAGCCAUGGCUCAGAGGAGAGUGUCGGGUGGGCAUGACGGGCUCCUACAGGUCAGGAACUUGUUAGAACUCCUGUGCGGUGUGGCCGAGGCCUCACGCGUGGACAACACGUCGCUGGUGUUCUCAACCAUAUACCCUCGUCUCAGGGACAGUGUCCGUCUCCUGGACACCUUUCACAACUACCCCGAGAUUGUUGUUCUAGUCUUAGAUGCCUUCAAGGAAACCAUUACAAGACAACUUUGCUACCUCAGUCAGGCAGACUCCCUGAAGUUGUACGAGGUGACGAUACAGCUCAUCCAGAGCUACGCCCGACACCACGGCAGGCACAGGUUCACAGUUGAUGCCAGCGCAGAGGAAGAUGACUUCAAUGACCUGAUGUUACUGCUGGAGAUGUUGACACAGCUGACCAACAAGGACUUUGUAGACUUUGGGGCCACAGAUGACCCUGGUGCAGGGGAGCCAGCAGUGGUUCCAGCUGAUGUGGUAUUCUGUGGACUGGACUUUGUUGUCCCACUCAUGAAUGCUGAACUGCUCAAGUUUCCCAGUCUGUGCCUGCAGUACUUUAAGCUGGUGUCCUUUCUGUGUGAGGUGUACCCAGAGAGAGUUCCCCAGCUCCCACAACAACUCUUCUCCAACAUCAUGGCUUCCCUUCAGCUGGGGCUGUCCUCUGACUAUGGAGAGGAUGUACAGAAGUUAUGUCUGGACACACUCGAGUGCCUGGCCAUCCACUGUGUUAAAUCUGAGUCUACAACAGGACAGGCAUACAUAGCCUUACAGCAUUUUGUCCAGGUGGUCCUAGACAUGCUGGUGCUACAACCUUUGAACCCUGACCUUUUAGACGUUCUUGGUGAGACCUUCUAUGCACUUAUCUGCUGUCACCAGGCGCAGUACACACAACUUGUACAUCAGCUGGUACGAUCACAGACAGACACGUCCACGGCUGAACGCCUGGCCGCGGCGUUCCAGCGCCUCACACCGCCCGACAUUCCACUAAACAUGGAGAAAACACACAGGAGCAGGUUCGAAGAACGACUACAGACUUUCGUGAUGGACGUUCGCAGCAUUCUGACUGUCAGAUGACAUCUUGUAAACAAACAAACAAUGCAGGAAAUGUUUUUAUGCUUCAUUGUGUUUUGCUGAUAUUCAGCAAGCCUGCUAUGUGCACCGCUGCUACCAAAGAACCACACAUAGUAGUAGUAGUAUCCAGCAUUUGAUUAUACUGCUACUGUGCUCCGUGACAAAGGGGUAAGCGGCAGUCUUCCUACCACGCUUCCAUGCUGCUCUGUCCAGAUGGUUCACCCUAGUACACCCAUGUGACUUCAACAAUGGACAUAUCUGCAAGUUUUGUCCUAUGUCCUUUGGAUGGACCUACACUUGCAUUUUACAAUUCCUUCAAACGGAACCUGCUUUUCUCUUGAUAAAUCAUUUUAUCAAACCAUGGAACAGAGAUCUACACAAAUGCCACACUUGUGGAUUGCCCAGCUUUUGAUUUGUUUUAUUAUUUGGAAAGGUCUCAUUUUAAUCUGUUAGUUCAUUAGGCAAAGUUGUUAUCUGGACUACAUGAUCUUGUAUGUGUAGUUGAAAGUGAAAUUUCUGUAUGUAAUGUAAAAUUUCUAUUACAAAUGGAAAGCAUAACAAGAACACGCAGAGAUGAACGUACACAUUGGAAAGUAGUAGAGCUCUGGAUAUGCUUUAAUAUACUUUUUGUACAUGACUGUAUGUGCCUUGUCAUUAAUAAUGCUCUUUUAGUCAGAAUCUUCCCAUGCAUGCUGCAGUGCAUACAGGCUGACGUCACAGCUGAGCCUUCCUAACAUAAGAAGCACUGAAAUAAGACCUUGUUUAAGUACUUACUCAAAUUGCCUUCCCAAUGUUCUCUCCACCAGAAAGUCACAAAACUCUACCCUCUAACCAUGUAAAGAAAACAAAGUCAAUCAGCUCAAACUCCGAGAAAAUCUUCUAUUACGGAAACCAUACCUUUGACCCCAGUUUUCUCCCGUAUCCGUCUUCACACCUGUCCUUACAACUAUACUGGUGGCUAGUGUCACUUCUUUGCCGGCUGCACUCCUCGGCCAGCUUUGAUACUGGAUUUAGGAGAAUUCUUGUACACAACUAGGUUAAACUUGCUUGCUUACGUUUCAGUGUCUAUCAGACACCUUCCUCAGAGCUUCUGACUGAAGUUCUGCUUCGCACCGCUAUAUGUAGCUGACGUAGGUGGCAUUUUUGCGGCGAGAACACUAUCCCAAACGUGGCCAAGUUUGUAUUGAAACAUAAGCAAGUAAGUUUAACCUGGUUGUGUACAAGAAUUCUCCUAUAUUCUACCAACCUGAUGAAAUUAUUUUUGGAAGCUUUGAUACUAUCUAAUUAAACUGCAUAAGAAAGCUUGCAACCAAAAGAGGAAAACUUGCAACCCUAUCUGUUCAUUCUAUCUCAAAAGUCUCCAGAGAGCAUUUUCAAAGAAAUGAGGGAUUUUCAAGGAUUUUGAGUUGGUUUUGAGCACUCCACUGUACAAAACGACUCUGACGUCUGCCCUGUACCCACUUGCUUGACAUCUGUCUGUACUGUGUACAGGUACAAAAUAAAUGGCAUUCCACAAGACUA